AUGCCUGGCCCUCGAUUUACAAUGAGCCGCGAUCGCUUAGCCGAACUACGUGGCAGUGCAGGGCAAGAGAAACGCUACGAUCGCUUAAGCGAUGACUAUGAUGAACCACCUCCUGUACCUAAUCUUCCUCGAGGACAAGCUGCUGGACAGCCAUCCCCAAGAUACAACGACGAUUACAGCUAUCGACCACCUGUAGAACCAUCUCCAACAUAUACAAAAAGUACCACCAAAGAGCAAUACGAAAUGACAGAACGCAAAAUGUCUCCUGUUGACCUUGGUGACACUGAAAACUUCUUCCGAGAGAUUGAAGACGUCAAGGAGCUCAUACGGCGGAUCAACCUCAACAUUUCAGAUAUCGAAGAAUUACAUGGCUCUUCUCUUAUCAACAUCAGUGAUGAACAAAUGGCUGAAAACACACGUCGUCUUGAAUUGCUAAGUAGUGAGACUACAAAGCUUAACAACGAAGCCAAGAAGAAAAUAAAAGCGGUGGAAUUAAGUAAUGCUCAACUACCUGAUUCGGGAGAUAAGCCCAUGCGUGUCACUCAGCAUGCAGCUUUGAAGAAGCGAUUCAUUGAAACCAUCCAACGGUAUCAGGAUAUCGAGCGAACUUAUCAACAAAAGUACCGUCAACGCGUUGAGCGACAAAUUCGCAUUGUGAAACCGGAUGCAACUCCUGAUGAGAUUGAACAAGUGCUUGAUUCCGAUGAAGCUCCUCAGAUUUUUGCUCAAUCGCUUAUGCAAGCCAAUCGUUCCGGUCACGCAAAAGCAGUAUUGAGCGAGGUACAGACGAGACAUGACGACAUUAAAAAGAUUGAGAAGACUAUUCUUGAAUUACAUCAACUCUUCAUGGAUAUGCAAAUGAUGAUUGAGCAGCAAGGAGAAACACUCAAUAAGGUGGAGAUGGCCACUGAAACCACUAUUGUGGACUUGGAACAAGGAAACAAAGAGAUUGGCAAGGCCAUUAAUUAUGCAAGAGCGACUCGAGCUAAAAAAUGGUGUUGCUUUGUCAUUGGAAUCAUCAUCCUUGUCGUUAUUGCAAUCCUUGUAUGGUGGUUUGCUUUUGACCAUCCAGGUGUCAAUUAG